AUGUCUCAUCGCCGAAUAUUGUCGGUAAAUGACAUAAUAUCGCAUCUUGAAGACAACGAUGACGUAUUGUCAGCAGAUAUUUACAUAACACCCCCAGAUAAUUACGACAAAAGUGAUGAAGACAGUGGAGAUGAGGAGUCUUCGAACAUAAAUCACCUGUCCAGGCAGCAGCUCUUAGCACAGGCUGAGUUUAGGGCUACUGUAUCUUCACAGUCUAAUUUAGAUAUUAUAGAAAAGUAUCAAAUGAAGUUUCUAUAG